GAGUUUACAAGAUAAAAAAAAAAAAACCUGUUAACCGACUCUGGUGAAGAUGGCUGCUGCUGCUGCUGCUGCUUCAUCUCUGCGACUGCGACUAACAUUCUUUCCUUUGCUCAGAAAAGGUCCAUACACAAACACACCACCCAUCAUUGAGAAAACAAGAUGGCAAUAUUUCCGUUGCUGCUCAUUUUCCCCUUCUCCUUCUCCCCAGCCAUCAUCUUCAUGGCAACCAUUUCGCAAGAAAAAGGUUGUUAUGCGUAUUGCUUAUAUAGGCACCAAUUACCGAGGUCUCCAAAUGCAACGUGAUCAAAAUUUAUCAACUGUUGAGAAAGAACUAGAACGUGCGAUAUCCAAAGCUGGUGGCAUCCUUGACAGUAAUUUAGGGGAUCUAGAGAAAAUCGGAUGGGCUAGAAGCAGCCGAACUGACAAAGGAGUACACUCUCUUGCGACAAUGAUAUCAUUUAAAAUGGAAAUUCCAGAAAACUCUUGGAAUGGAGACCCUUAUGGCUUUUCCCUUGCAAAUUAUAUUAACUCUUAUCUUCCUUAUGAUAUCAAAGUUAUAAGCAUUUUGCCUUCACAAAGGAGCUUUGAUCCUAGAAAGGAAUGCAGUUUGCGGAAAUAUUCAUACCUACUCCCUGCUGAAAUUAUUGGUAUUCAAAGCCACUCUAGCAAUGAGGAAAUUGAUUACCACUUGUCGGAGUUCAACGAUAUUCUCAAAGAAUUUGAGGGUGGGCAUCCUUUCCAUAACUAUACAUCGAGGUCCAGAUACAGAAGACACGUUCCUCGUCGAUCAUCACAUUCAAAGCGCGGCGAGAUUUUACCAGCCUACAAUUCAGAAUGUGAGGAUAGCGAUGAGGAGGAAAAUUUUAAAAUUGACAAGGCACAUACAGAAAACACAAUGCUCCAAAAGUCUUCAGAAACUUUUGAUUCCGUGGAACCUGUCAUUGACACCGGUAAUAACAAAGGAAGUUUACAUGAUCAAAGCUCUAGUCCGGUUGUUCGUGCAAAAUGGUUAUAUGAACCUGAUGAAGCAGACAGAUUAAAUGGUUCCCAUUUCAGAAGAGUUUUAAAGUGUUUUUGUGGAAAGCUAGAAAGAUCAGUGGAACAUAAUUACAUAGAGCUCUACAUAGAGGGAGAGUCCUUCAUGUUGCAUCAGAUAAGAAAAAUGGUGGCGACUGCCAUAGCAGUAAAGCGCAAAUUACUUCCAAGAGAUAUUAUAACACUGUCACUGUCAAAGUUCUCACGAAUUAUUCUACCCCUCGCACCGUCAGAAGUUCUAAUAUUAAGAGGAAACAGCUUCUCAAUGAGAAAUAAGCCAGGAAAUGUAACAAGAUCUGAAAUGAAGACAAUAGUUGAAUCAGAAGAAAUUAAUAAGGUUGUUGAUGAUUUUUAUACAUCAGUUUUGUUACCUCAAGUUUCAAAGUUUCUGGAUCCUUCAAGAGUUCCCUGGGAGGAUUGGAUUGAGAAAUUGGAUGCUAACACAAGCAUACCGAAUGAUCAGCUGGAUGAGGUCAGGAAAGCUAGGAACUUGUGGAAAGAAAAUUCUGAUGGUGUAAUUAGUGCACAUCUUUGAUAAGUGAAAGGGAAAAUAAUGCCAAGAUUGCUCUUCUUACCCUUUCAUUAGUUUUCUGAAUUUGGUCUCUAAACAUUCUUUAAUUAAAGCUUCCAUUGGCUAAGAAUAAUCUUUCCAUAGUUAGAGAUGUGAGGCUUCUGACUUGAUACAGCCAAUCAUCUACCCUCUGAAAUUGAUGUAUACUUUCAUAUGUGUAGUUUCUAGCAUCUGAUUGUAGUAACAAGAGCUAUUAGAAAUUAUGCAGGCCUUUUAUUUUCAUUUUGUUACCUUAUAAUGAUACUGUGAUGAUGUGUAUUAUUAUGGAGACAUGUAUAAUGCAAGAGGCAUUAUUCUGCUGUAACUGGCUUAUUGUUUUAGCCCCCCUAUUAAAUAUUCAAGUUUUUCGUCUAUAA